GGACGAUCCGCGCAAACCGCGGUGGCCGUGACCUUCCCACACGGUUCCACCGACGGUGGCUACGCGUAACACCGCGUGUGCACCACCGCGACGGCGCCAUGGACUUUCGCCUGAAAGGCCCCAAGGGUCAAGCGACCUUGCGGAAAGUGCCGCCCGAGCGACCACUCGAGGAGUUCCUUCAGGAGAUCUCCGAUGCGUCCGGCGUGCCAGUGCCAUGCUUGAGCCUCCGGGUGGGUUUUCCGCCCCAGCCGUUGCAGCUGCGCCUGGGCUCAGCGGCAGACACGGCGACGGGGCAUGGGGCCGGAGGAGAGCGCGCGCGGCGCGGCGACGCUGGCCGCGUUGGGCUUGAAGACCGGAGAGUCCAUCGUGGUGCAACACGUGGAGCCGGUCGCGGCGCAGGGCACGGUGCUGAAAAGGAUCAUCGCUGCGGACAACAGCUGCCUGUUCAACGCCUUUGGCUACGUGCAAGAGAAGCUCCGGGACAAGGCGCCCAGCUAUCGUCAGCUGGUGGCCCAGCGGAUCAAGGAGGACCCGGAGCGCUUCUCCGAGGCCUUCUUGGCCAAGCCCAACGAGGAAUAUUGCAGUUGGAUCUUGAAGGAUCAGAGCUGGGGUGGUGCCAUUGAGCUUAGCAUCCUGGCGGAGCACUUCCAAUGCGAAAUCGCUGCCUAUGACAUUUGCACCAAGCGACGGGACCUGCACGGCGAGGGGCAAGGCUACCGCACACGGUGCAUGUUGAUCUACGAUGGAAUCCACUACGACGCCUUGGCCUUGGCGAAAGACCCCCAGGCGCCCGAGGCCGAGGACGUGACCGUCUUCCCCGCCGGUGGCGUGGCCGAGGUGGUGGACCUGAAAGCCCGUGCGUUGGUGGAGGAACAGCACCAGCAACGGCAGUUCACCGACACCGGGAGCUUCUCGCUGCGGUGCAUCGACUGUCAGAAGGGCUUGAAGGGCGAGAAGGAGGCUGAAGCUCAUGCACAAGCCACAGGUCACACCCGCUUCGCGGAGUUCUAGGCGCCCAGCGAGGCUGUUGGUGCCAUGUCACGCAGCGAAAGGGUAGUGCAGCAGA